AUGAUGGUAGAUGGGGUGAAGGAUCUCUUAAUGCGGAUGUAUGAGGCCUAUAAGAAAGAGGAACCAGUAGCUGUCCAAUCUAUUGGAGAGGCUAAUGUAGAAAGUGGAGGGGAGGUAAGAGUUGAAUGCAAUGAUCCAAGACUUAAAAAAUUUGCGAGAACAAGAAAAGAUAGAGCCGUGGUUCAAAUUAAGAAUGCGGUGGACAAGUAUUUAUUAAAGGCAGCUCAAGAUCCAGAAAUAGCAGACUUUGAUUUGCUAGAUUGGUGGAGAGAGAACUCUCCAAGAUUUCCAGUUCUAUCUAAGAUUGCAAGGGAUGUGUUUGCUGUCCCUGUUUCAAGUGUGCCUUCGGAAGCUGCAUUUAGUAUGGGAAAAAGGGUUGUGGAUCCUUUUAGGGCGUCUUUGACUCCUAAAACAGUUGAGGCCCUUGUUUGCACUAAGGAUUGGCUAAGCCAAGUGGCUUUUGACUUCAAUAAGCAGCCAAGUGAAGAUGAGCUUGAGUUUUAUCAAGCUUUGGAGAAAAUGGAAUUAGGCACUGCUAUAUUAAAACUUUGCAACAGAAUGAAAAUGAAAAAGUGGCCACUGGCUACUAAUGCUUACUGCCAAAAAUUAAAGGAAGCAUGA